AUAAAUACGACAUCUUCCGAUAGCCGACUACAGAUUCCACAAAAUAACAUUUACUCGCAAAGAACAUUACGCAGAAUGAAAGUCUUCGAGUUUUGCAUCUGCGCUUUAGCGUGUAUUUCUCUUACUUCCUCUAUGACUCUAAUGCAUAGUCUAGGAGAACAGCCUAAUAGUGGAAUGCAAUUUGUAAAUUCCUGUGCUAUUGAAGCUGGUUUGAACUAUGAGGAUGGUUAUGACAUAAGAGAUAUAAUAGAUGAUGAUAUCGAAAAAUCUGAAUUGCAAGAAAAAACACAAAAGCAUGGUUGUGUCAUGGAGUGCCUUCUAAGAAAAUUGAAUUGGAUGGAAGGAUCAGAACUUAAGGAAGAGAAAUUUUACGCAGAUAUGGACAAAAUAUUUGCUAAUCAUCCCUUAAAAAUCCAAAUCGAUGAAUUUAUACGUGAUUGUGCUACAAAGGUGAAAAACACUCCGCAAGAAGAAUGUAAGAGAGGUGUUGUAGCAAUGAAGUGUGGGGUAAAAGGUGCGCACAGAUUAUUUCCUAUUGCAGGGCUAAAUGAAGAUGGAGAGAGUGAAGAAGAUGGAAAUAAUUAAGUAUCUAAAAAGAGGGAAAUAAUUAAACAUCUAUACAUUAUAUAAACAAUAAUUAAUAAUUAUUUUGUAUGAACUAAUACAAUUGAAAUAAGAAAAUAAAUAGUCUUUUAUCUCAAUGUAUCGGCAAUUUAAUAAAUUAAGUACACUGUAAAUAGAAAUUAAAAAAUCUAAAAAAUAAUUUUAUACUCUUGCUUACUUUUAGACAUCAAUGUCGAAUAUAAUAAAAGGACAGUGUAUAAUUUAUACAUUUGUAUUCUCGUAAU